GCACUUAGUGAUGCGUUGUCCAUAACUCAUAAUGCUAGUGAGUCGCUGACAUCAUGUAUCAAGCAUAACGAGAUGCUACAAUACAAUGUUUUAAAGGAUUUGAUGCUUACAUUAAAAGCUAGCGAAGGGGACCGAAAUGAAUUGAUAGAUAAAGCCACAAUUCAACAAGAUUAUAUUGCCUGGAAGAAAAAAAUGAGUACUUUAAAGACACUUCCAAUGAAUUAA